AUGGAGGUUCAGGCGGCCACCCUACUGAGCACGCUGAAGCGACCGGCAGCAAGCUCAGAGACCAAGCUCGCUGCGCUCAAUGAACUCAAGUCUGCGAUCAAACACUACCGAGUACCAGAGAACGGGCAGGCCACCAUCUUCGAAUGCCUCAAGAUCGCGAUCACCCAGCAAGCCUCUUCCACCCUCGCCAGCUCAGCCUUCUCUGCGCUUAGCCACUUGAUCAAGCGCCUGAAGAUCCAAGAUGCCUCCGGACACUCCAUCACACAGCUUGCGCCUCGAUUGUUCCCAGCGUUGCACGACCGACUGGGUGAUAUGCGCGAACCGGUCCGAAACGCCGCUUCACAAGCAUUGACGGAGCUCUACCCUUUCUGCACGAGUGACGUGGAACACAUUGUCCGGGAGGAAGCCAUCGCUGGGUCGAAUGCGCGCGCGAAGCAGGCGGGCCUGCAGUGGGUGCUUAGGAUGCACAGGGAAGAGUCGAUGCCAUUCAAGAGCUAUACUCAAGCAAUGGUCGCGAGAUUGGAAGACGCGGACGGCAAUGUUAGGGAAACCGCAAAGCAAACAAUCAUCGAGCUAUUCACCAAUGCGCCUGACGGAGCCAAAGCCGAUCUGAGGAAGCAGAUGAAGGCGUUCUCCGUCCGACAUUCUAUCGAGAGCCAAGUCCUCGCACACAUUGGCCCUGGAGGAAGCUCGAACGCUUCGUCGCGACCUCAGACAGCUGGGCAACAAGCGGAAGCAGACAUGACCGCCUCUACGCGAUCGCUACCCACGCUAGACCACGUCGCUCACUUCGCCGAGACUAUCAACAGCGAGGAAGCCAAGCCCCCUCCUCCUGAAACGGUCCCAAUGGAUCCGAUCUAUGUUCAAUCAAAAUCCGAAUUAGAUGAGACGUUCCGGAACAUGCUGCCCUACUUCGAAGGCAAAGAGACUGAGCAGAACUGGACGCCUCGCGACAAGUCGGUGCUCAAGCUCCGGCGCAUGACGAAGGGCAACGCGCCUAGCGAGUUCCAUCAGGUCUACAUGGCUGGCAUCAAAAGCAUGGUGGACGGCAUCCUGAAAGUGGCAAACUCGCUACGGACUACCAUGUCCUCCAAUGGGUGUCUACUGGUACAAGAACUCGCGCGUACGCUUGGGCCGGCUCUAGAUCCACAUGUUGAAGUGCUCCUUCAGUCGUUCAUCAAAAUGACUGCAGCGACCAAGCACAUCGCCUCUGAAAAUGGCAAGACGACCUCUGAUGCCAUCUUCGAGCACUGCUCCUAUCACAGGCGAAUGAUGGAGCACAUCUGGAACGCGGCUCAGGACAAGAACGCGCAGGUCCGGCAGUGUUCAUCUACUUGGUUGAAGACAGUUCUUAGACGGCAGGCCGGUUACAAGCAUCACUUCGACACAUCCGGUGGUCUCGAGCUUGCUGAGAAGUGCAUCAAAAAGGGACUCGAUGAUGCGAAUCCGAAGGUCAAGGAGAACACGAGAGCCACAUACUGGACGUUUGCAAAGACUUGGCCAGAGAAGGCCAAUGCCAUCUCGUCUACCCUGGAUGCGAAGUCGAAGACGGCUCUCGAUAAGGAUUCCAACAAUCCGAACGCUGCCUUACAUACCUCGCAAACAGCGAAAGCAGCACCGGCCGCCCGUACCACAGGAGCAGCGAGCAGGAACGCACUUAGAGAAAUGAUGGCAGAGCAGCGGAAGGCCAAAGCAGCCGGCAAGCUUCCAGAUCGACCAGUCUCUGCCAUGGCGCAGCUGUCGCCAGCCAAGCCUAGGUCGACUACCACGACCACUCGAGGGCCAUCUAACCUCUCCGGAUCUACAAGAGCUGAGACUAGAGUGGCGUCCACCGCUUCCACAGCCUCAAGCACGCCGUCUGGUCCAGAUGCCACACAGAAGAAGGGUAGCUCUCUCAUGUCAGGUCCUGUUCGGCGGCCGCGAAGACCAGAAUUGCAGAGGCCGCAAACAGCAGAUCCGUAUGCAUCAAAGCGAUUGCUGCGACCUGAGACGCCAGCGACCGCCAGUCCUUCCAACAGCCCACCAAAAGGAACUGCCGGUUCCAAGACGUCUAUCCCUUCGUCGAGCGCGGCCAGGAAUCGGGCCAAAACAGCUGGCACUGGUGCUGGGAGUCCAUCUGCAAGCUCUGCUAAGCGCAGUCCAAAGCCAGGCCACGUUGCGCCAGAAUCCAGACCUGCGAGCAAAGGCAGUGAAGUCGAUUUCAGAGAAGAUGAUCUCACCAUGGUGAUGCCUAAGAGCGCAGCGAGUCUGAACAAGCCUCCUUUCGCGCACGGCCACAAGCGACCAGCUUUAGGCCAGACGAUGUCUGUCGAUGCAGGGAUGCAGCACAUGGGGGAGGAUGAAGGAUUCACGAUGGUUAUACCCAACCUCCAGCGAGCCAAGUCACCUUUGGCAUACCGGAGUCCGCUCAAGGCGAUGUUCGAAGAGGCGCGCGAGAAGGUGGAGGGCAUGUCGCCGAAGCAGGGGCAACAGGGUGCUGGGCCGACGCCUGCAGAAAAGCCUGCCACCCCAAGAAGCGCCAGUCCAGCCAAGCAAGCGCCGCCAGAAGAGGUUCACAUCUACGAAGAUCCAUUCACAGGAGACUCCGCCGAAGCGCCAUCCGCAGGCGAAAGGCAGGUCCUAGGCGAGCUUCCAGUGAACGAGAACGUGCGGAUGCAGAGUCCCACCCAGAGCAACGGCUCGAGCAACAGCCCAGCCGGCAGCCCUCGUCAGAUUCCCGCUCCUUCUUCACCUUCCAUUCCGACCACACAGGAUCGCGCAGAGGUUGUUCGCAACAAGCGACUGCUCGGCUCGGGCAUCGAUCGCAUCCGGACUAAGAAUCUGGACGCGCAUGGGUUCCGGCGAGUACAGGAUCUUGCGAAGAGCAACCUCGACAUCUGGGAAGGCGGGAAGAAGUACGAUGAGCUGAUGGCAGUGCUCCUGGAGUACCUCACAACCUUCGACCAAGAGCCGAAACUCACCCAACAAGCGCCUCACAAGGCGGCAGGUCUGAAAUCGCAGGCUCUCGGCUUGGUGCGAGCGCUACUGUACCUUCACAAGAAAAGCGCAGCCGUGUGGCACGCCAAAACUCUCGUCGGCGUCCUCGCCUGCCGGAAGAGCAUCGACGCAAGCAGCCACGCCCUCACCGACCUCGACCGCACCGCCGACGAGAUCCUCAAAUCCGCCGCCCCGGCUCCCUGCAUUGACGCCAUCCUCUCCUACCUCCCCACCUUAUCUCCUAAUCCUUCUUCCAGUCGCUCGACUUCCUUCGCCCUCACUCUUCUCCGCCAACUCCUCGACAGCGCCAAAGCCCGCAACGUCGACCUCGGCUCUGAGCGGAAGAUCAGCUUGGUGCAGACGACGGCGAAGCAUUUGGACGAUGCGGACGCGGAGGUGCGGAAGGCGGAUGUGGAACUGGCGAGCGAGUUGUUUGAGCUGUUUGGGAGUAGUAAGGGGGAGUUUUGGGCGGAGUUCAAGGGGACGGAUGAGGGGAGGUUGGGGCUGUUGACUUAUUACAUUGCGAGAAGAGGGAGGGGCAGAGCGUAG